CUUUCUCCACCAAUUAGUGUUAAGUUCCUAUAUCCUCUCUCAUACAUCUCACCAAAAAAGCCAAGAACUUGGUCCCAGCCUGGAUGCUGUCUCAUUAAAUCCUUAACCAAAACCCCAGUCCAAGAGCCACAUAAUAAUGCCCAGAUUGUCAUCUACCCAUGCUACAAGCCCUUUCAUCUGGUGUGCCGGCAUCAUCUGUGCCAUCAUCUCUAUUGCUGUGAUAAUUGGUGGCAUUGUAAUCUUUGUUGGUUACUUGGUCAUUCACCCGCGAGUUCCCAUCAUUAGUGUUGAGUAUGCUCACCUCGACCUCUUAAAGUACGAUAUAGUUGGAGUCAUGCAGACGCAGUUAACGAUUGUGAUUCGUGCAGAGAACGAUAAUGCUAAGGCUCCUGCUUUGUUUGAUAAAACCAAUUUUAAGCUAAGCUAUGAAGGUAAAAUAAUAGCGUAUUUAAAACAGGAUGAGUUCGUAGUUGCUAAAGAGAAAUCAGUUUUCUCUCAUUACGUGGUUCAGUCAUCUCCAAUACCAUUGAGUACACAAAUGAAGCAAGCCAUAGACUACGCGAUUAAACAAGAUGUGAUUGUUUUCGAACUUAAAGGUGGGUCAAAGGCUCGAUGGCGAGUCGGGCCAGUAGGAUCGGUCAAGUUCGAAUGUAACCUUAGUUGUGAGCUUAGGUUUAGACCGUCUGAUCACAAUUCCAUCCCAUCUCAUUGCACUUCUUCUCGUAAGCAUUAGGAACUCUUUGUCUCUCAUUUGAUUUUUCUUUUUAAACUUAGUUAAUUAGUUUUUAAAAAUAUUUUUGG